AUGGAGCUCCCGGCCGCCUCCGUCCCCCACUCCGUCCGCACGGCGUACAGCAACCUCGUCACGACGACGGCGGCGCCGCAGCAUAGGCGCUCCCGGCGGCCGCGGCAGGGCAGGUGCUGCGCCAUGCUGAAGCAGCACAAGACGAGGCUGUACAUCCUGGGGCGGUGCGUGUCCAUGCUCCUCUGCUGGCACGACCGCGACGACUCCGACUGA